AUUUGAAGACUCGAAAUAUUCUUAAAUUGUUCUUAAUUGUUCUCUCAUUUUACGAUUAUUGGAGUUUGAAGCAGAAGUCACUUCUUUAUGUUGACAAAGCCUUAAUGUUCUUAACAUGUUCUAAAUUUUGGACCUCUGAUGCCUGAUGUUCUUAUAAGCUUAGCUCUUAUAAAAAAACGUGUAUUUUCGAGUUGUAGGAAAUAAUAGAGUAACCUAUUUUUUCUGAUUAAUUUUCUUAAAGUCAAAAUUUAUGUUUUUAAGUUGUUCUAAAUUUUUUCCCUAAAACAUUCUGUGUUCUUAUACCUUGUUUUCUUAUUUAAAAGACUCUGCGACACACAGGAUAAUCACAAAGACUGUUUUGUUUUGUUUUGGAAAGAAUCACUAAAAUAUUACCCCAAAGCACGAUGUAUUAAUUUGUUAAUCCAGGUCCUGUAAAUUAGGUCUUUUUAGAUUAGAUAAAAUACAAGAGUAUUACUGAGUUUCAUACCGCGCAGGUUUGAGCACUAGCGAAGCGCUUUGUGGGAAUAAAUUUUUAGCUCGUUUUCUUUUGUCUUAAUAGCCCAAAUAAAUUUCGUAGUCACUUUUUCAUAGCUAUUCUGGUAAGUGCUGCAAAAAGAGGUCGAAAUGCAAAAUUCUGCCUGAUAUUUCUUCAGCUAAUUUUUUUGCUUUUAACUGACGUUUUACCUUUAAAUAACACGUUUAAAUGGUGUUGUUAGCCCUCUUUGUGGUAUAUUGACAUGGUCCAUGCCAAUCUAUAAAAAUUUAAAUUAUUGAAUUGUGCAGAGAGGCAAGAGAAGACAUUUUGCUGUUGAUUUUAGCAGAAGUUUUCCCUAGCAAAUGCAUUACACUCUGUAGGGGUAUCAAAUUUGUUCCUAAGAGCGCUUCGCUAGUGCCCAGACUUAGGCGGUAUGCAACUCUGUAAUGCAUACAUAAAGUGGCAAGCUAAUAACAAACAUAGCGCCACUCCUCACUACAACUUUUUACUCGAGCUAUAAAAGGAACUAAUAAUUUGAAUUGUAAUAACAAGUAAAUUUAACAGUAUGCUGUGCUGACACCCAAUCGUUGUUAUGGUUGCCCACAGGUGGUAUUAACACGAUAGACGCAGCACAACAAGAGAAUUUUCCUCGAAAUCAGAUCAUUAUUAGAGCACUAAUUACCUCGAUGACAAAAAAAAGUCCUGGUAACGAGAUUGAUUGUAAGAUAAUUGCUUGUUGUCGCUGAUACGAUUGGUGUGUGUUAUCUUAAGAAAUGGGAGCCCUGGGAGAGAAGCUUCAUCAGUAGUCUGAUUGUACUUUAGACUUUAUAGGAAAAUAAUACUUCGCAGUCGAUGAAAUUUCAUCUCGUAUUUUUUCAAUAACAGAAAACUUAAAUUGAUCAAAAUGGCUUCAACACCACAGGUAGCAUCAACAACUUCGACUCAGAAAACAAUAACAAUGGAGCCACCACCACUGUAUAGGCCGUCCAGUACUUUUACAAAAAUGGUAGCAGCGAGUUUGUCAGCGUCUAUGGCAGAAAUAGUAACAAUACCGAUUGAUACAGCUAAAGUAAGGCUACAGAUGCAAGGUGAGAACACAAACACAAAGGGAAGUAAACAGCUAAAAUAUCGAGGCAUGAUACACACGAUGAUAACAAUUGCAAAGGAAGAAGGGCCACGAAGUAUGUACAAGGGCUUAACUGCUGGAAUACACAGGCAAGUAUGUUUUUGUGGAAUACGUAUAGGGUUAUACGACUCCGUUCGAAAACUUUAUGGAGAUACAAGCGAAGGCAAACCAAAAGUGCUAGUAAAAAUCCUAGCAAGUUUAACCACGGCUUCAGCGGCAGUCUUGAUGUUUCAACCGGCAGAGGUUGUCAAAAUUCGUUUCCAAGUAGCUGGAAAUAAACAACGUUAUAAGAGCACUUUCGAUGCUUAUAAAACUAUCGCUCGCACUGAAAGCAUACGAGGAUUAUGGAGAGGAGUUAGUACGAACAUAGUUCGACUGAGUGUUGUUAAUUGCACAGAAAUUGUCGCUUACGACGUAUUUAAAUCUUAUAUACUCUACAAACAAUUGAUGGAGGAUAAAGUCCCAUUACAUUUAGUUUCCGCACUUGGAGCGAGUUUCGUGUCGGUUCUCGUAACAUCACCCAUUGACGUAGUAAAAACGCGAUUUAUGAAUUCACAAGCUGGUUCAUAUAAAACGCCGUUUUAUUGUGCAGCAAGCAUAUUUCGACAAAAUGGACUAACCGCUUUCUACAAAGGCGUUAUACCAGCCUUCACAAGAUUUAGUUCGUGGGCAAUUGUCUUCUUUCUAUCGUACGAACAAAUCAAACGAGUUACAAAUACUCAAUGAAAUUCUGUGGAAAUCUUGACUUUGGGAAAAAGAUGGCGUUAUUAGUUGUUGCACUCAUGCUGGUAACCCGAGGCUGUUAAGAAGAGACUUUGAGACUUAUGUAUUCUAAGACUUACAAAACCGUGUGAUAAAUAGCUAUAAAAACUAUUUUUUGUACCAUAAAAUUGCAUUAACGACUGGUAUAAAUUGUGGAAAAUACUGAGAAAAUUAAUUUAUAUUGUUAAUUCAUACAAAUAAUGAUCUUCUAAA